AUGGAGUCCGUUCGCCAGGGCAUCAAGCAAUCCAUUGCCGGCAUCGGCAAGGAUAAACAUCACAAGGAUAUCGCGGUAAGCGUCAAUGAGAUGGAAAUCUCGGACGGUGAGAGCGAAAGCACAACCGUUGCAUCCAACCAAACUUCACAGGACGACGUCGAUACCAAGAGCAACUUGACAAUCACUGCAAACAACGCUGCUACUUCUAAGUUAACCGUCGUGACCAAGCUUCAUGAGUAUGAGCGGUUGACCAAGAUAACACGGACUGUCAAGAAGUUGAUAGUUCGUUUCGAUGACUAUGAUGAUGAGUUCGUCAAUGAGAUGGAUAUUAGGGGUUAUCUCCAGUACAUCUCUGAUGAACGUCUCAUCCACAUGCCUCGCCGAGGCAGCGACUGGGAUCGUGUUCUCAGCACUGCACAGUUCUUUGGUCUUCAGAUCACUACGUUUGCCAGCAAGAUCGAGACCUUCGCCUCUGGCGCCCAUUCAUCGGUAUCGGCUGCUCUAGCCAGUUGCCAAGUUCUUCUCGAGAUUGGACACAAUCAAGCCAAGGCACUUGUUCCCACUUUCAUCGCCUUCUAUGAGUUGGCCAUGCUCCUUUCCACUGUCUCGCGUAUUCCCAAACUUGAAUACAUGCCCACUUCCAUCAAGGAGUCCGCUGCCCAUAUACUUUGCGAGCUGGUUCAUCUUGUUGGUCGCAUCGCCAGUCACUACAAGCAGAAGGUUGACAGCCUGAGAGUUGGUGAGGGUAUCACCAUUAGCUUCGAUGCAGCUUUUGGUCAGCUCAUUGACUCCAUCUGGAAAGCUAAAGAGGACCUAUGCGAUCGUGUUUGGCGACAUAGUCUUGACCACAAGUCCUUCUCCAUCAGCCUCAAGUCUGUCCGCCAGCGUCUUGAGCCCUCUUCCGGAUCUUCAGUCAGAAAUACCUUGUAUGAUGAGGUUUACGAGCAUCUCGAUCGUUCGGAAGACACUUGCCACUGGAUUAAGGACCAGUUGACUAGCUUCCUCAACAGUAAGGAUAAGUCUCUCAACCUUUGGGGUGAAGCUGGCGUUGGCAAGAGCGUUCUUGCCGAGUGGGUUCAGGAGAGACUUGCGCGUCCUUUCGAUUACAAGUCUUACACUGUCCUUUCUUACAACUUUCCCUGGGACUCCCCCAAGGAAGCCACAUCCUUGGCUUGUGUCAAGAGCUUCGUCUUCCAGCUUCUUGAGCGAAGUGUUGGCGACGUUGAGCUCUACGGACGACUCGUUCAAGCCUUUGAGGUCUACUCCAAGACCUCCGAUGCCGGAAGACUUGAGACGACUCUUUGGGAUACCUUGCGUACUGGUAUUCACUCUGCCGAGCGUCAGGGCACAUCAUUCAUUCUCCUGAGCGAUGGUUGCGACGAGAUGGUUGGCGGUUCUAAGAGCGCUGUCGGCUUCCACAAGAUCCUCUCGGACUGCAUUGCAGAUCUCUCAAGAACCCGUGUCAUCACCUUUUCACGAAGACUUGAUGGCCUCAAGGAUUGCAGCAAGAUCUUCCAGAUCAAGCAACAACAGGUCCAAGAAGAUAUUCGAGCCCAUCUCAAGCAGGCGCUCUCCACCUCACGUCACUACCAUGAUGUUCAUCACCGUGACCGUGAGCAAGUCAUCAACGACCUUGUCGCCAAGUCAAAGGGCAAUUUCCUUUGGGCAUUUUAUGCUGGCCGUCUCUUGGUUCGAGAGCAGUCUUGCGAUGGCUUCCUCGGAAAGGCCAAGAGCAUCAGUGGUGAUGUCAACGAAGUCCUUCGACUUGCUGUGGACAAGUUGGACUUGAAGCAGAAUGAGAUUGCUAGGUACCUUCUUUCUUUUAUGCUCGUCACCAACACUCCCUUCUCUGUUCCACAGAUUGCAGAACUUCUCUCCAUUGAUCUCCAGAAGCGCUGCAUGCUCCCCACCGCCUCGAAUAUCUCCAAGUUCGUCUCGGAGAAGUGCGGAGAUUUCCUCAUCAUUCGAGGUGGUCGUAUUCACUUCCGUAACGCUGUUGUCCAAGCAUACUUCAAGGGUCUUCUUGGAAAGUCUCUCCUCUCUGAGAAGGAGGCUCACUCUCAGUUGACUAUGAGGAUGCUUCUUUAUGCGCGAUUGAAUCUUGAUGAUGACCAGGAGCUGCUCACAGAUGAGUUGGAUGACUCUAUUGUCGAGAUCAUCUUGGGCCGACAUCACUUGAUGGGCUAUGUCAUGCGUAACUGGGUUUUGCACUUCCGACAUGCAGGAUUUGUCUCCUCAGAUGGAAAGAUUAGCCUGCCUCAAGGCUUCCGUGACAUCUUCCCAGAGUCUGUCAUGUUCACUCUUCUUGAGCGACCUUGUUGGGGAAGACACGACAUCCACCAGGACACUAUUGAGCUUCAUGAGCUAACUCUGCGCAUUCGUGAGUCCUGCUUCGGAGAGAAGCAUGUUUCAGUUCUUCAGAGUCUCGUCGCUCUUGGACAUAUCCACGUCAAGUUUUCCACCUCAUCUGAUGCCCAUUCAUGUGGAGCACGAUACUACUACCGUGCCGCCAAGCUGGGCGAGGUCAUCCUUUCCAAGACCAGCACAUUUGUUGGUUCAUGCACACACCUUUUCCUGACUUGGACCGAGACAAUUGUUAUCACCAAGCGUACGGAGAUUGUGACUUGUCGUGAGGAGAUGAUUCGCUUCUGGAUUGAGAUCUGUAAGCACAAGCAUGGCCGAUCCAGUGACGAGGUCAUUUGCUGGUACGAGAAGCUCGCCAAGCUCUACAUCAGUAUUCAUGAGGAAUGGCGUGCUACUGUCAUAUACAGGGAGCUUCACGAGAUCAUUAUCAUUCGCUUCGGCAAGAAGUCUCCCGAGGCUGGUCGCAUCGCUGCUUUCUUUGGAACUCUUGACAUUGUUCUCAACAAGGGCGAUGAUGGCGAUGGACCCAUUGGUGACAUGGAAAAGUUCAUCUUUGAGACCACCGAAGAACUCGACAUCCACUCACACCUCUGCAUCGCCAUGAUGAUCAAGCUUGCCUGGUCGUAUCAUUCCUGCGGAAAGUUCUAUCUCGCUGAGAGACUCUUCAUCAGCAUCUGGCGCCGCAUUUCAAUCACUUGCCGACUCAACGCUAGUAUUGAAGUGCACAUCGCCAAGAUCCAGAUUGCUAUCGAGUACUGCAAGUACCUGCGAGAGGUCCACCGCCAUGAGGAAGCGACCACCAUUCUGAUCUGUCUCUGGGCCGAGUAUGAACACCACAAAUGUGAGACUGAGACUCUGGUCUUUUGGAUCCGCGAACUUGGCACUGUCUGUCGAUCAUUCGGCCUUCUCGAGAUCACUAUCAGUAUCUUGACCAAGGUCUGGAGCUGGUUCAAGGGUUGUGGUAAGGGUGACGAUGAAGAGGCUCGCAAGACCACUAUCCUCAUCACUGAAGUCGUGGAGGAGGUCACCGAGACCACGGUCACUACCAAGACGACUACCACCACCACUACCGAAGUCACUGAGACAGUCGUCAAGGAGAUCUAUGAGACACAUUACAACCGCUGUAAGAAGUCUGGCUUCGAUCAUGCAUUCUACUCAGCUUGUAUGGCUCUCAUCGGAAUCUACUUCGAGCAUCACCGCUGGUCCGAAGCCGAGGUCAUCAUCAAGCGAACCCUCGAGAUUACUUGGAAAGCUAUCUUGACCACUGAUGUUACAGUCACUCUCACUGAACAUUCGGUCAGAGAGUGUGUCCAUGUGGCUCGACGGCUUGCGAGAUGUUACCAUCACCAAGGCCACUUCGAGAAGGCCGAGUUCAUCUACCUUCGCAUCUACCGUGCUUGUCUUGCCUCUUGCAGCCUUGAAGAUGAGCUUCUGUGCGGUUCCAUCACCGUUCUCAUUGAGUUCUACGAGGAACAUCACCGUCACGAGAAGGUGAUUGAGAUCUACAUUGAGAUCCUUGAGCGAUACAAGAAGAACCUUGGGCACACGCAUCGCUUGACCAUCUGGACUCUUUACCAGUUGGCCCAUCACUGCAAGUUGAUAGGUCACAAGGAUGUGUACAAGUACUAUCUUGAGAUCGUCACCGUCUUGAACAAGGGUAUCAAGCACUGUCAUCAUGAUGCUUUCGAAGCUGCUCUCUUCCUUUGUCGCCACUACCACGGCCGCAGCAUGUGGGUUGAGCUCCGAGAGCUUUGUGCCUUUGUCUGGGAGACUGUCUGUCACCACCGUGGAGAGCACAAGUGGUCCGAGGAAAUUAUCUGUGAGAUCUAUGAGAAGUACACCUACGUCCUUGAGGUUCACGUCAAGGUUGAGUUCUCUGUUCUCUACAAGAUCUCGAUCGAGUACAAGGAGGUCAUCGAGAAAACCUGCGGUGGCGAGUCCCAUGCUUACAUCUUGGCCUUGAUUGCGUUCGCUAAGAUGUGCGAGAAGCAUGAGAAACAUGUCCACGAGUCUGUCACUGUCUACGAAGAGGUCAUCAAGAGGAUCACCACGACCAAGACGACUACCACUACUGUUACCGAAACUACUAUCAACACAGUCAAGAAGCGACUUUCCAAGCUGUACGUGACGAUCAUCACGUCGGGCGGCAAGAAGGAAGGCCAUGCUCAUGUUCCCAUCGACCGCGCCAUCCAGAUUUGUAUUGAGACCUAUGAACACCUCAAGAUCACUCUCGGAUGCUGGCAUGAGGAGACUCUCCGACAGCUUGAGUAUGUCAUUAUGCUGUACCACAGCUGCAACACGAAGGAAUACCACCUCAAGAUGGUCAAGUUGCUCGAGAUUCACAUCACUGAAGUGAUCACAACAUGUAAGGUGACCGCAACGCUGUUCAAGGUCGCCAUCACCAUGGCCUCCAUCUACGUCAAGGUCAGCCUCGUUCAACAGGGAUAUGAGGUUCUCCGUCAACUUCGACAUCUGAUCAUCUUCCGGGGAACUAUCCCUUGCAACGACCUCACAAUCAAGCUCGACGUCCACAUGAGCAAGCUUGUCUUUGUCUUCCUUAGCGCUUUUGAGCAUGGCCUUUGUCCUAAUGACUGCUCAACAACCUAUUCUGAGAUCAUGGCCACUAUUAUCUACGAGUCUAUCCUUUAUGAGGAGUACUCUCGUGUCAUCGAGUGUCAGACUGAGCUUGAAGUGGUUCUUGAGUGUGGUGCCAAACUGAGAGGCUUCUGGGUUGAACAUAAGCGCACUCAGCUUCUCCUUAUUCUUGACAAGAGACUCUUCCAGCUCUUCAAGACCAAAUAUGCAUCCUACUUCAAGGAUGUGGCUGAUGAGCAUCUUCGUGUGUUCUAUCUCGCCAUCCUUCAUGAGCUUGGCAAGGAUCGUGGUGCUACGCAGAUUGACUUCACUCUUCUCGCUGUCAAGGCCGGUAGUGCUAGAGUCAAGGAACUUCUCCAAGCCAAGGACUGGCAUUGUGCAGAGGAGCUUGGCCACUGUGUCUUCCACUUCGCUCAAUCUCAAAAACUGUAUCAUCGACAAGACUGUGUUCAGUAUGGCUACAAGCUUGCUGAGUUCCUGGCAGGUAUUGAUGUACCUCACCCUAACGAUGCCAAGGAUGAGAAGAUCAGAAAUGCCAUGCUGAAGACAUCUCGCGAGAUCAUGACUGAAGUCCUCACUGCUUUCAAGCAGUCGAACAUUGACUACCUUUGCUUGCGCUUCGAAGAUAUCUCUGGCCUCAUCAGACUUCUUGGAGCACAGCAGAACUGGGAUGAGCUUGAGCUCUUGCUCCAUUGCCUGUGGAGUGCCCGUGAGAGACUGAAGAGAGCUGGAUGGUCAUCUACUGCUGUCUUGGAUAUUGGCAAGAAACUUGUACACGCCCAAUACGCUCGUAAGGACGUGAUCUGCGCCAUCGAGACAGCCGAGUUGAUCAGCUACAACUUGCGCCGCAGUCGGGGACGCCUGGAUGUCGAAACUCUUGAGUUCUCUCGUCUCCUUGCCGCCCUGUACGCCGACAGUGGCCGUAAGGCUAGUGCCAUGUCGAUUCACGAGACCAUUCUGCGUGAGAUGAUUUCAUGCAGCAGCGGUAACGAGUUUGGGGAGGCUUAUCCCGAUCGCCAACGCUUCACCACUGAAGCGCGAACUCACUUGGAACUUCUCAAGGCUUCACACCAUCAGUUGCAAGGCUGGGCCAAACCAGCUGAUGAGUACAAAGAGGUUCAUUCUCGACUCAACAGUAGUCUUGGUCUGGAUCUACCUGCAUUUGAUAAGUGGUCUUCUGGCGCGGUUGAUAAGAACAUCGAGGGGGGCGGCAAGUAUGUUGCACCGAGAGAGUGGAAGUUGAACGGUGGUGUCAAGACUUCUGUUCCUCACAGGAGGAUCAGUCGUGAGAGACCGCAUGGUCGGUUGGAUGUGCUCCACACAGCACGACAAUGGUGGUUGGUAUGCUGA